GGACGUCAUAUGAUAAGGCUGGAGGAGAGCCAGCAGGGCCCCCAUUUGGAGAGGAGGACCCAUAUCUCAGUCAACGCGCGCAACCAGGGCCCCAUUAUCUCCACAAGGCAGGGAGGCGUAUCCUUUUCCCCUCUGCACUCCCCUUCACAUACCACUCUGACUCUCUCUCUCUCUCUCUCUCUCUCUCUCUCCUCUCUCUCUCUCUCUCUCUCUCACCCGUACACUAACCAGACUACAACCUGCUUCAGACGACGCCCCACAGCCCAUGAGAUUUGCACCGAGAGCAGAGCCACCUCCGAUGUGCGUCUUUUUCGCUCGAGAGGAAACCGACGGGAUCUUAUUAUUGUCGGGCUGUGCGCGCGAGCUGCCCGCGGCAUCACCUCGGCGAUAACAGAAGGGGUGCCAGUCAGGAGACGAAGAAGAAGAAGAAGCAGAAGAGGAGGAGGAAGAGGAGGAGGAGAGGAAGGGGGUGACAGAGUAUUCCGAAUUGACGCUCAGAAAUAAACAAGAAGACACCCCGUUUGGGAGACGUCUGUGGCGGGAAGCGAACGGGAUCUGCAACUGAUCACAGUCCUUCCCCUCUGGCUUCAGCUCUGCUUCUGUCCAUCCUGGAGCUCUGGUCUGGAACCUAUUAGGGCAGGAAUCUCCAGCAGCGCCCUGCUAGCACAUUAGCAUGCCUUCAGUGACGCUCCCUGACAGGAAAGAGACACUGAUUUAGUGCAAAGAGACAGAUAUUUAACCUCAGUCACUGGGAAGCCAUGGAAAGGAUGGCUGAGGUGUCACAAGAGGAGAGACUUCAGGCCAUCGCUGAGAAAAGAAAGAGGCAGACAGAGAUCGAAAACAAGAGGAGGCAGCUGGAUGAUGACCGACGGCAACUCCAGCAUCUCAAGUCGAAGUCACUGAGGGAGCGCUGGUUGUUAGAUGGAGCUCCGGCGGAGGAGGAGACUCAGAAGCGUCUGCAGGAGGAUGAGGUGAAGACCAAACUUCUGGAGCAGGUCAUCCUCAGGCUGGAACAAGAGAUUGAAGAAUUGGAGACAGGCGUACCAGCCAAUAAGGGUGUGGCCAAAGAAAAUGGAGGUGAAAAUGGAGUAGUGCAGACCUCUGGUCAGACCCCCAAGAGAGAGGUGACGGGGAUUGAGGCCAAACUGCUGGGUCCCAGCCCUGACCAAGCUAGUGCGGACAACCCCGUCACCCUGGUAUUCAUGGGCUACAAGACCGUCGAAGAAGAGCAGGAGACCCGCACAGCCCUGGGGAUGGAGGGGGUGGACGGCAACGUUAAGGCUGAGUUUGUUGUGAUCGAAGACGGGGAGGGGAAAGCGGGAGGAGAGGCAGCCACGGAAGAGCAGGCUCCACCCAACGGGAGCAUGGCAGAGAAAGAGAAGGCCAACGGGGGUGGGGAGGAGGGAGAGAAGGAGAAGGAGAAGAAACAGACCUGCAAGUGCUGCACAGUCAUGUGAGCUGUAUAUGUAUGUGUGUGCAUGUAUGUGAGUGUGUGUGUGUGUGUGUGUGGAUGACUACACACCUGCACCUGUGCAGGCAUGUGUGCCAUCGCAUGUGUCCGUAUUUGCAGAUGUGUGUAACUUUGCGUCUUUGUGGGAGAGUGUGUGGUGUGUGUGCGUGUGCGUGCGUGUGCGUGUGCGUGUGCGUGUGUGUGUGUGUGUGUGUGUGUGUGUGUGUCAGGACUGGGAAAAAAAAAUCGAAGUACACGGCCAAUAUACCAACAAUGAGAGCAAAUCCAAGCUCCAGCUACAACAACAAGAACCACAAAGACUCAUAAGUACACUUUACUCUGUAUACUUUCUCUGAUAUGUAUUUGACUUUUGAUUUCUAUUGAUAUUUUUCUAUUUUUCUGUCUUGACAUUUAUAUUGUAUUCAGUAUGUAUAUCUUUAUUAUGGGACUGUGUACUGUAAGUUCAUUGUUAUUAUUGUUGGAAAAAAAAUGUAUUAGCUCUCUGGAUUGUACUGCUACCCACUGGGGGAAAUCUGGAAACUUUAAACCAUUUAAGUCAAAACAACAAUCUAUGAAGGACACAGAUACUUAAAUAUAUAUAUUUCUCUGUGUAGGCCUACCAACUAUUUAUCAGUCAAUUUCAUAUUGCAAUAUUGUCUAAGAUAUUAUUUUAAAUAGUAUUUUAAUAUAUUGAUAUGAAAUUAUGUUUUAUACAAUGUAUUUAUUGUUUUUGGUUCUCUAUAUCAUCUCCAACCAUUAACUGCAUGUAAGCUUGUAAGCACUACCAGAUUCGCGUUACAAUCAUUACAAGUGUCUGUGCUUUCUUAGAUUCAUAUGUUCUCAUAUCUUUAGUCACACAAGUCUUUCUAUCAAUACCAGUAAUAUAAUUGGCAGUGUUAGAGAUACUCUUUAAGUUUUAAAAGAAAUCUACAGCACAGAGAGGUAAAUUAGAACACUGACCACGUUGCAAACCGCAUUCACUUCUCAUAGAUAAUGUAUGUGACACGUACAUGAAGAUCACAGCUUUUGUAUUUUUUAAAUAAGAUGCUACUUUAUGAUCAAUAGAGUCACCACAACCAUUGCACAAUGAUUAGAAAUACUUAAAUAAUUUUUCCUCUCUCAGCAGUAGAAUCAAUGUAAAUCUUAUGAGGUAGCACUGCAUGAAGCCUUGCAACAUUUUUGACUGUCCUGUCACUUGUUCGGUCUUGAUUAUAUGCUAUCACGUUCACAUGAAUGUAAAUCCAGGGGUUAAAUUGGGAUUCGUUCCACCGUUUAAGAAGCUCACCGUUAAAAAAAAAAAAAAAGAAAAGAAGGUUUUUCUCUCUUUAUGAACCAAAUAAAAUCUGAUGAUUCUGUAAUUUCACUGUGUGUUGGUCGGCUGCUGGUUUCUGUCCUUCUCACUCCCAGUUUAACCCCUGAUGCUUUGUCUGUAGGCCCGGGCCCAAUAGUACUUGAAUGGAUUUACAGAAAAAUGCUAAAUGUUUGGGACAUUUGAAUAGAUGUUUCUUACUAAAAAUUCUAAUCUCUGGUGACCUUAAAUCUUUUCAUCCAAAAAACAGAAGAAUUAAAUUGUGCCCAGGUACCAAAGCUUAUUUGUAAUUCCUGUUAGAAAUAGGCCACAUUCUGCAAGAAAAAAUAGACUGACCAUUUUAAACUGUGCAGGUUGCUAGCAAGACAAAUUGUGCAUAUACACUGUAGAAAUUCAAAGCCCUGAAAGCCUAUUGAAAUACAUUUUGGCCCUAGUCUCCUCAUUUGUUUGGCAGACAGCAAAGGCCAUGGAUGGUCUGGGUCAGUGAUGCUGUGCCACCAAUGCCUCAGCUCCCCUCAGGCUCAUCCAUGCCUCUGAUUCAUCUACACGCCAUCACCAUUAUCUCAUUCUCACAUUGUCUCAUCCUCAUCGUCAGACACACACACACACACACACAGCCAGCCCCACCCUCUACGCUCGGAGACACGCAGUUCAAAAACCUCUGAAGUUGGUGCUAAUACCGAGUCGCAUCUAACACUCUCCAUCCACCAACUAUCGUUCAGCUCGUUCCCUCCGUCUUGCGCAAAAUCGUUGGCGAGGGGGAUUGUGGGGAAUCUACUGCCUCCUGCAUACACUUGUUGAGUAAGAGAGUCUUUUGCAACCUUCAGUGCCAGAUGCAUUUUCUCAAGUCCUGCCUACAUUUACCACCAGAGAAAUGAUCUUUUCUUUCUUUGAUCCUUCUUACAUUCCAAAGGGAGGUCAACAGGCGUGGACAGAUGAAAUAUAGUCUAUGCUUUCCAUAUGUACAGUUCCACUGUAAUUGUACAACUUGCAACUUUGUUUCUUAUAUUGACUCUCAUGUUUUUUUCUUCCCUAUGGCCUCUUUGCAAGGCAGUAUAUUGUAUUUGAUGUGUGUAUUUGUUUUUCUUUAUGAAAAUAUGUGUAUUGUUGGUGCCUUUGUCAGGUUCAGUUGGUUGGACUUGUCUGUCUGCCGCCAUUUUUAGACUGGGUUUUUCUUGCUCUGCUCCUGGUCAUGAUGACCCACUGGAAACACUGCCUACAACUCUGGAGGGUCACUACACAAGUACAAUAGAAUAUUACACAAAUUUUUCACUCCGUAACUAUAAAUAAGUGCAGCUUAGAUGAUAGGUAAUAUGCAGACUACUGUUGGUGUCUUGAAAAAACUUUGUAUCCUGUUCCCUAUUUUAACUUUUUAAAAUUGUUUGAUUGAUUUUUCUGUAACUGACAGAAGUUUUUUAUUCCACACAUACAAGAAACUCUUACUAAAAGCCAACUUACAUGCAACAUUUUUUCAGCAUUUUAAGGGAUACAAACUUUAUGCAGGAGACUAACUGACAGUCUAUGUAUAUACAGUAUGUACACAUUUAAUCUGUGUGCAUAUCUGCAGAAGUAUGCAUACAUAUAUAUGUAUACAUAGAAAAAAGUGAAUUUGCUCAGCUAAAGCUUUGCUUAAUAGUGGGUCUCUGGGACAGCAGCAGAAAAAGCAACCAUGUGUUAGACCAAUGCCUGUUCAUCUAUUCUGUGGUCGUCUAAAUGUUUAAUCUUGAAUAAAACUACUGUUUGUUUACAGCCA